UCAAUCAACAAACAUCACUUUCUAUAAGUUCACUGUGGGGAGCUUAUCAUAACGCUGACGAAGCUAUUUUGUUUUAGAAAAAAUUAUGAAAACAUCUGCAGUCAUAUCUUGUCUUUUGGUUUCCAUUGCUUGUGUAAACGCUUGGCAUGGAAGAAUUGUUUUCGAGGACAAUUUCGAUGGGAACACUUUAGACCUUAAUAAAUGGAUGUAUCAAGAAGCUUGCGGCGAUAUUUUCGGUGCAAAUAACCUGCAAUGCUACGUUCGUGAUAAUGUUGCUGUGCAGAAUGGCAAUUUGGUCAUCACCGCUAAGCAACAGCGGAUGGAAGACAAAGAUUUCACAUCCGGUCGAAUACGGCAACUCGGUGCUGGAUUCACUUAUGGCGCUUUCGUUGUCCGCGCACGUUUAGCUCGUGGCGAUCACUUAUGGCCAGCCAUUUGGCUUAUGGGAGACGAGACGAAUGCAUGCCGUUACGAAGAAAUUGAUAUUGCCGAAUAUCGUGGACAGGCCAGUGAAUAUAAUCAAUUAGAACAGGCGGCUCACUGGGGCAGAGCAUGGUAUGCUCUUACGUCGAAAGGAGAAAAAGUCACUGGGCCGGCUGAUUUGUCGCAAGGAUUCCAUGAAUAUGCAGUUCUGUGGAUACCCGGCAAAAUUGAAUACUACAUUGACAACAUUUUGUAUUUCCAAACAUCAUUGACGGAUCCUAGCUGGACGAGCAAUCCGGAAAGGAUACCUUGCACUGGAGCACCUAUUCCUUUCAGCGAGCCAUCUAGAUUCAUUUUGAAUGUUGCUGUGGGGGGAAAUUUCUUUGACGGUUUUCCACCGAUGAAUCCAAACACAUGGACGAAGCCGACAAUGGAAGUGGAUUGGGUUCGUAUUUAUCAAGACUAAAACUGUUUAAAGAAAUGUUAUUUUUGACCAAUAAACGACCGUAGAUUGUAGAAUUGCAAAAGAAA